AAAACACAACAUUAAGUACAACCAAAAAAUAAGGAAAAAACAAUAACUCUGUACCUACUGUCUUGUAAAAGAGAAGAAAGUGACUGUAGAACUAUCUGCUACUCAAUUCAUUCAUCUUCUUCUUCUCUCCUCAAGCCACUAAUUUCUUAUAUCAAUUUUGUUGAAGAAGAUUCAGCCAUAACCAAAAAAGCUUUUGCUUUCCUGUGAAGCUACUUUUUUUUUUUUUACUUUUUUGGCCUUUGCUGUUGGUUUCCAUUAAAGCUUUCACAGACCCCCCAUUUGACCACGACAACCUGUUGCUUCUCGCGGAAAAGAAAACUGAAAAAGAUUUAAUUUUUACCUUAUAUAAGCCUUUUGUAUCAUUCUUCUCUUCAGCUAUACGGUAAUUAUGAUACCAUUCUUUGUAUUUCUGACUCCCCUGUUUUUUCUUCUUCUGCAGAAUAGUUUCUUUGUACAUGGGAUCUUAGACCCAAUUGAUUUCUUAGCUUUACAAGCGAUUCGAAAAGGCUUAGAUGAUUUGCCGGGUUCCAACUAUUUUGCCUCUUGGGAUUUCACUUCUGAGCCGUGUAACUUCGCCGGAGUUUACUGCGAUGGAGAUAAAGUGAUCGCCUUGAAUCUCGGUGAUCCCAGAGCUGGAUCACCGGGUUUAACCGGAAAUUUGGAUCCUUCUAUUGGGAAACUCUCUGCUCUUGCUGAGUUCACGGUGGUUCCGGGUCGGAUAACCGGUGCAUUGCCGGAAAGUUUUUCUCAGUUGAAGAACCUGAGAUUUCUAGGAGUUAGCCGGAACUUUCUCUCCGGUGAUAUUCCGGCGUCAUUAGGCCUGCUCCGGGAGCUACAAACUCUUGAUCUUAGUUUUAAUCAGCUGAGCGGGAGUAUCCCUUGGGCUAUUGGAGCUCUUCCAGCAUUGUCCAACAUUAUACUCUGUCACAACCAUUUGUCCGGUUCGAUCCCACCAUUCGUAUCCCAAAGAUUGACCCGUUUAGACCUUAAACACAACUCACUUUCAGGUACCCUUUUGCCUAAUUCACUACCUUCAUCGCUUCAAUACUUGUCAUUGUCGUGGAACCAGUUAACCGGUCCAGUGGAUUAUCUGUUGACUCGGCUGAACCAGUUAAACUACCUGGAUCUUAGCUUGAACCGGUUCACCGGCUGCAUUCCUGGAAUCUUAUUUACUUUUCCACUCACAAAUCUUCAGCUACAGAGGAAUCUAUUUUCGGGUCCGGUUUUACCCAUUUCACAGGUGACAAUUCCGACGGUGGACAUCAGCUUUAACAGGUUUUUCGGGGAGAUAUCUCCAUUAUUGUCUAAUGUGGAGAAUUUGUAUCUGAACAAUAACCGGUUCACGGGUCAGGUGCCGUCGGUCUUGGUGGACCGGUUGUUAUCGGCCGGAAUACAGGUUUUGUAUUUACAGCAUAAUUUUCUGACGGGGAUUGAGAUUAAUCCUACGGUGGAAAUUCCGGUGAGCAGUUCAUUGUGUUUGCAAUAUAAUUGCAUGAUUCCGCCGGUUCAGACCGCUUGUCCGUUGAAAGCCGGGAGGCAGAAGAGUAGGCCUACAAACCAGUGUGUGGAGUGGAAGGGGAAAAAGAGUGAAAAAACAAACAAUAUUACUGGAUAAAUUAUGGCUUAAUUUUUUUAGAUUCUUUCAUUCAAUUAAGUUUGUUUUGUUCUGUUUGUGGUGAAAUUAUUAUGGACUGGGCUUAAACUAAUAAAAAAAGAGCAAAUGUGCAUAAAGGAGAGAAACUUAGGAGAGUAAAAGGGAAGGGUGUAGUUGGAUCCUAUUAUUUUUAUGUUAUUAAGCCAAAAGAGUGACUAACAAUUUUGGCAUUUCUUUUUGUAAAUUAGGGUACGUGUUGGUGUUGCCUAAUCAAUUAUUUGGAAUUUACGGA